AUUAUUGUACUUAAGUAUCACAAGUAUCAUACUUAACUCCUACCAGCCGGUUUGGAACACAACACAAGUUGAAUGUGCAACAACCAGUUGACAAAGUUUGUCUUUCAUAUGGUGCACUUGCAUAUUUACACUUUAAACUGUGUAAGUGCAUUCAUUCUGAGAAGUACUGCAGAAUGCAGUACACUGUCAGUGCCCGAAUGUUCAGGGUUUCCCCUAGGAUAUUUUUAAGCUGUGGUGGUGGCCUGCAGGGGAGUCACGGUGUCGUGCCGGUGCUGCGUCACUGUGGCACCAAAUCUUUUACAAAUAUUUACAUUUACUGCCUGGAAUAUUGUCAACAUUAGGGUCGUUUUCACAGGCUUGGACAAAAAAUGCAUUAAUCAACUUUAAAUACUUUCUCUCUGCCUUUUCUUCCUCUCCUUAUCUGUAAAGUACCAACAAGGCAGUCCGGUGAUUCCGGUGCACGUUUUUGAAAAUAAAGCAGAGUAAAACAUGUUUAUCAUAUUUGAUAUUCAUAUUUGAUCUUUUAUUUCAAACGAAUUGUGGUCAAUACGUAAAUAACAGGCUAUACACGUAUCUACAUAGCACAGUAGUGCUCACACUUUUUCAGCCUGUGGGGCGACUUUUAAUAUGACCAUGUCCCAAAGAUCUACCUACUACUGUAAACAUAUAGAAUAUAUGUAUUUAGUACAUUGAUAAAUAUGAGUAUUUAUGUAACCCGCGACCCAAGCGAGGAUAAGCGGCAUGGAUGGAUGGAUGGAGUAUUUAUGUACAUUGUACAUGUAUAUCAACAUGAUCUACCUGUUACUAUAAAAUAUAUAACAUAUAUAAACUCUAACUGGUCAACUUUGCAACUAUUAUGUAAUUACUAAUUACUAUUAGUAUUUCACAUUCAUAGUUUCAAAAUUUACAGAUCAAAAUAGUUGAUAUUGUUCAGUAAUUCACAGUUCUAUUCAAUAUGGCAAUAAAGAUAAUUACACAAUUCCUCAAUAGUUGUGUACAUAAACUGAGUAGUAUGUGAAAAUAGCUACAUAGCGUUCAUUGUACUGUAAAUACACUUAUUACGUCCAGUUAGCAUUUGCUAUCAAACAUUACAUACUGUAUAUUGUAUAUGAGAAAUGAAAAGGACUAUGCAAAACACAAUGCAGCCGAAGUCAAGGCAACAAAGCUUUCAGCAAUGGGCACACAGCAUCCAGGGCCUUAAGGAACUCCGUGCGGAUCUCAUCCACCCCCGGGGCCCUGCCACCGAGGAGUUUUUUGACAAUCUCAGCAACCUCAGCCCCAGACAUAGGAGACCCCACCGUGGAGUCCCCAGGCACUGCUUCCUCAUGGGAAGACACGUCAGUGGGAUUGAGGAGGUCUUCGAAGUAUUCCCUCCACCGAUCCACAACAUCUGGAGUGGAGGUCACACACCAUCCCCACCAUACACGGUGUUGACUGUGCACUGCUUCCCCCUCCUGAGAUGGCGGAUGGUGUUCCAGAAACUCUUCAAAGACAUCUGAAAGUUGUUCUCCAUGGCCUUUCCGAACUCCUCCCAUGUCCAAGUUUUUGCCUCAGCGACUGCCAGAGCCGCAGACCGCUUGGCCUGCCCCAUGAGUCCCAUGAGCCUUUUUGGCUCAUGGGACUCCUUCUUAAGCUUGACGGUAUCCCUCACUACUGGUAUCCACCAACGGCUUCUGGGAUUACCACCACGAUAGGCACGGACCACCUUACGGCCACAGCUCCGAUCAGCCACCUCGACAAUGGAGGCACGGAACAUGGCCCAUUCGGACUCAAUGUCCGCCACCUCCCUCGGAACACGGUCGAAGCUCUCCAGGAGGAGUUGAAACUCCUUCUGAAAGGGGACUUUUUUGUGCAGUAGGUCUUUAAAGAUGACAGAGUACUCCCGUUUGUAGAGGAUCUUUGACUUGACUAGCGUUUGUUUUAUUUUUGCAGUAGGUCCUUAUGAACAACAGCACGCUCUUUUUAUAUAGAGGAUCUUUGACUAGCGUUUGUUUUGUUUUUGGCAGUAGGUCAUUAAAAAGUACAGAGUGCUCCUGUUAUAAAGAGGAUCUUUGACUACCGCUUUUUGUCGGGAGAGAAUGGGGGGGCAGUAAGUCCUUGAAAAUGAGUGUUCCUGUGAUAUAGAGGAUCUAUGACUGUUCUUUUUUUUGCACUAUGUUCUUAAUACAACAGAGUGUCCUUGUUAUAUAGAGGAUCUUUGACUAGCGUUUGUUUUGUUUUUGGCAGUAGGUCCUUAAAAGCGACAGCACACUCCUUUUAUAUAGAGGAUCUUUGACUAGCAUUUUUUUUUUUUAACUAUUUCCUUAAAUAUUACAGUGCGCUCUUGUUAAAGAGUUUAGCAGAUUUGUUUUGUUUUGUUUUGUUUGAAAGAAAAUAAACUUAAAGUACAGUUGGGAUAAGGAGGAAGAACACAAACAAAACCUAACAUUUCUGAAAGAUUUAAACGAUGAUAUGUCAUGGUAAAAUCUAAUGUUAGGAAUCGAGGACAGGCAACAAAUGAUAUUUUUCCAGUGUUCAAGGUAGUUUAAAUUAAUUGCUUUAUCCAUUUAUGCAACCAAAUCAAUGUUCAAUCAAUGUGCUUUAUAAAAAUGUAUUUCACAGUUAAUGUUAUUGUUCAUUUAUACAUUUUAGUUCCUGGAGAUGUAAAGUGUCACCGAUGAAAUGAUGGAAUGUCCAUAAACUAAACACAACUAUAACCUGAAAUUAGCCAGAAAAAAACCCUGCAAAGAGAACACAGUAUCCUUGGUUUUCCAUCCAUCCAUCUUCUAUGCCGCUUGUCCUUAUUAGGGUUGCGGGGGUAUGCUGGAGCCUAUCCCAUGUGACUUCGGGCGAGAGGCGGUGUGCACCCUGGACUGGUCGCCAGUCAAUCACAGGACACAUAUAGAAUACCCAGAGAAAAGCCACACAUGCACGGGGAGAAUUUGCAAACUCCACACAGAGAUGCCCAAUGGCAUCUUUGGUUUUAAUUAAUUAAAUUAUUAUUUUUUUUAAGAAAAAAAAAGAAACAAAUUAAAUAAUUUUAAGUGAACUACAUUAAUUAAAAUGAAUUUAAAAUGCAAUUAAUCAAAUCACGUUUUUUUAUAGUGCAAUAUUCAAAUAGUGGACAAAAAUGUGCAAGAAUGGAAAAGACACAUUUGAUAAAUUACGUUCAACGUCAUUUGUUUGCACUCCAUUUCAGAAGGUGGCGCUAAUGCACAAACUAUGCGUUCUUUGCCGACCAUAAACGAGGAAGAACGGAAGACGACGACGAAGAAGAAAAUAAUACUAGAACAAGUAGCAAAAGGUGUAGCGUACUUUCGAUCCAUGAUGGACGCCGACUCUCAGCAUGUAGUGAAAUAUUUAUCAGAGGUGGAGGAAGCGGCUGAAGAUGUCCUUUCAACGAAACAACAGAUAGUCGACCUGGACGUGAAGAGAAACAGGAACAGAGAAGCACUGAAUGCACUGAAGGAUGAAAUGUGUUCAGAAAAAGUCAAGCUUUGCUUUGGAAACAUGUUCAUCAAAUUCCCCAAGCCCAAGGCAAGAGAGGUCAUUCAGAAAGACCAGGAACAACUGGACAUGGAAAUAAAUGACCUUCGCAAAGGACUAAAAGCAAAAGUCAACCAUCUCAAUGAGCUGCAAGUGUUUCUCACCUCAACAUUGUUACCCAAAAUGGAGCCAAAGGAAGUUGCAAGGGGCAGCAUUUUGAUACGGAAGGAAGGCCUGAGCUGAGGGGCUACAACCUUUUACCACUGUCCACCGAUGAAGUGAAAGCCAUUAAUAGCCUUUUAAAAAGGUGACCCUCACAUCGUCUAACCACAGUUACUACUUUACAUUGACUUGCACUGUUUUGUUCUUGUACUGUGUUGCUGUACAUGCGGUGCGGAAAAUAUGUAUUUGAUCCCUUUUUUUAAGUUUACACCCUUAAUAUGAACAGUGCAUCAUUUUUAUAGUAGCUUUAUUUUAACACAGACUCGGUGUAAAAAAAUCAAUAAAGUUUACAUGUGAAUUUGUAUUUGAGUGAAAUAAGUAUUUGACCCCCUACUAACCAGCAUUCUGGGUCAUAAGUUUGUUUCAGUAGAUACAACUGUAAGCGAAACACACUCUAACCGAAUCGAUUUUUACCAUAAAAAAUAAUAUAAAUCCAAUUAAUCCACACCCAAAAAUGUUAACACAAAAAGAUACGAUGUGGCAGCAAGUUCAAGAGUUACUUCUUGAAUUCAAUAGUGGUUCUCGCCUUCAAAAUGCUGGCACUUGCAACUGCCUUUGGCUCCAUUGUGGGUUAUUAUGCAGCCGUGAUCAAAAGAAAAGUCUUGUGAUGUAACUGCGUUAGUUAGCAAAGAACUGCAGAGUCAACCACUGAUGACAUCAUAGACGGGUGAUGCCGCUGACUUUGAGAUGCGGAUGGCUUGAGAGCUUAAGAGAGCACUGUUGGUACAAUCAUGAUAAAUGGAAGAAAUCCAAGAUAACAGUCAACCUUGCUCCGGAGCUUAAUACAAGAUCUCACCUGGGGGGGUUAAGGAUGAUGUGAGCAAGGUGAGGCAACAGAAUCCAGAAUGUCAACGGAGGAGCUGGAACUGUCAACUGAGUUGAGAGCACAGUCACACUCACAGUUCUCCACCAAGUACAGGUACUGUACUAAGCUACUUGAAAAUGUAAUCAAUGUUGAGCCCACAAGGUGGCAGCGUAGAUAGGACGCAGUCUCAAGCAACCAACCUUGAAUAAAGGUAUGUAGCAGGGAUGAGCACACCACUGUGUAUCUGUUCACCCAUCUAAAUGAUCUGUAUCAGCAUCUGUACUCGGAGUGGGCGGGGCAUACACCGGAAGUGGCCGUGGUUUGAAAUGGGUGGGGAUUAAAUCAGUACGUUAUUUUAAGUCUGAAAUCACAGAGCGUGAAGAGUGAAUACAUAAGUAGUUACCCAAUGAGGAUUUUCCUUCACCAUGAUUACGGAUAAUGUCGAGCUGGUCUCGUUUCAUGCUCGUACUCGGCAAAAAUCAUUAUCCGUAAUGGAUACUUGUCUAAAACGAGUAUGCGGCUCAUCCCUAGUAUGGAGGCAUUGCUCGGUUUUCAUGUUUCAUGGCAUUUCUGGUUUCAUGUAAACCAGAAAUAUUGUUUGAAGAAACUUACAAAUCAUAAGUCUGAGCUUAUGUAACAUUCGAGUAAGUCUUAAGAGUGGGAUUUGUCCUGUUGCUCUGUCAUAAUCCCCUAGUAAAACACAAAGUACAGCCUGGAAUGGUAGCCAGCUAAUCACAGGGCAACCUAAAGCACGCAGCAUCGGUGUCGAGGAGGCAGCUGUCUCUGUAGAGAAGCACGGAGUUUCCGGUCCCUAGUCACCUCUUCAAGUCCAGACAUAAUCCCUCCAGCGUGUCCCAGGUCUGCUCUGGGGCUCCUCCCUCAACAGGGAAAGAUCAAGGUGGCAUCUGAACUUACAUGCUUGAGCCACCUCAACUGGCUCUACUUGACGUGAAGGAGCAGUGGUUCUCUUAGCUCUCUCUCUUUGGGUGAGUCCAACCACCCUAUGAAAGAAACUCAUUUCGUCGGUUUGCAUUUGUGAUCGUGCUUUUUCAAAACCACAUUGUAUCUCCUCUUGCUGAGGUUCGACUAACGGUCAUGCCCUUCUCUCAGCACUCUGGAAUAGACUUCCCCAUUGAGGCUGAGGAGUGUGAGCCACCUGUAGUUGGAACACACAUUCUGGUCACUAUUUUUGGAAAGGGGUAGCACCACUCCUGCCAAUCCAGAGGUACUGUUCCCGACCUCCACACAAUCUUGAAGAGAGGUGUCAUCCGAGACAGUCCUAUACCAUCCAAAGCCUUGAAGAAUUCAGGGCAAAACUUGUCCAUCCUUGGAGCUUUGCCACAGAGAAGGUUGAGUACCUCCGCGCUCGUGUCUUCAGACUCUGCUUCCUCUGUGGAAGGUGCAUCAGUGGGAUUGAGAAGGGCUUUGAAGUAUUCCGUCAACCACCCGAUUAUAUCCUCAAUUGAGCCAACGCUCCUACUGUAAACAGUGUGGACCAAGCACUGCUUCCCCUUUCUGAGGUGUUGGACAGUUUGCCAGAACCUCUUCAAAGCCAACCCAAAGUCAUGUUACAUGACCUCACUGAACUCCUCCCACACUUGAGUUUUUGCCUUGACUUAAUGCCAAAGCCAUGUACUGCUUGGCCUGCUGGUACUAGUCUGCUGCUCCAGGGGUCCCACAAGCCAUCCAUGCUCGAUAAGACGCCCUCUUCAGCUUGUCAGCCCCACUAACCUCUGGUGUCCCCUCUUGGAUUUGCCACAACUGGCAACGACCACCGUGCGACCACAACUCAAGUUGGCUGCCUUAGCAAUGGAGGCGCAGAAUACGGUCCAUUCGGACUCCAUAUCCUGAUCCAGGGGUAGCUCUGCCGGAGGUGAAAGUUGAAGACUUGAUGAAUGGGAGACUUUGCCAGACAUUUUCAGCACAAAGCCAGUUGAGUGUCAUUCACCUUUCGAGAGAUCUGGGGAUUCUUGUUCACAUCUCUAACUGUUUUUCUCUCAAGUUCUGACAUUCAAUUUUUGAUCAUGCCUAGGUGCAUUUUUGACAGAAUUGGUGUCUUUGUGUUUUAUCGUGAUGAAGCACACUGCUGUUCUGGAGACUGUAAAAUGCUUGCAAAUGACAGUACUGUAUAUCCUUCCCAUUUACUAUCCAUCUGCUGCCUUCAUUCUGAGGACCAGGCUGAUUUUCCUACUCUUUAGCAUGAUGAUAUCACUUCUUAACAAGAUUUAAGAAACGUCUCUAGACCAAUCCCUUUCCAUCAAGUGGUCAGGUGAAACUAAACCUGCUUCAUGGAGUCACUUAACUUUGAUUCAGUGUUAAUUGACUGUAAAGGGAUUUCAUGUCUAGAAGGCUCCAAUCAUGUUCAAAACCAUAUUUAAAAGGUUCUAAGUAGGCUUCUAUGCUCUGACUAUGAAAAUAUUCAAUUUUUCAUUAUGGAAUUGUACUUUGUUGAAUUUCACUUAUUACAGCUGGGUCUGGAAACAAUUAACCACAAAUAUAUAUAAUAUAGGACAUAUAAUACAAAUGAAACUUUAUUCAUAUAAAUAAUUCAUUUUACAUAUAUAAAUCUAUACACACACACACACACAUAUAUACCCACACUUAUAUAAAAUUAAAGUUUAAUACUGUGUAUAGUCUUUUUGAAUAGUAUAUGCAUUUCUGCCUAUAUGUCUAGACUGUUGGCCUGUGUUGUAUAAUAAUAUAAAUUGAAAUAUUUCAAAUAUGUUAAAACUAAUACAUCAAAUUAAAAGCAACAUUUUAUUUAUAUUAUGUCCAAUAUUUUUAAAAGUGUUUGCCGACUUGCUGAUUUCUUUUCUUUUUUUUUUUUUGCAUGUUGUCACACUUAAAUGUUUCAGAUCAUCAAACAAAAUUAAAUAUUAGUCAAUGACAACCCAACUGAAUACAAAUUACAGUUUUUAAAUCCAUCCAUUCAUCCUUUUACUAUGGCGCUUAUCCUCAUUAGGGUCACGGGGGUGUUUGAACCUAUCCCAGCUGACUUUGGGCGAGAGACAGGGGCGACCGGUCGCCAGCCAAUUGCAGGACACAUAUAGACAAAUAACCAUUCACACUCACAUUCAUGGCUCUGUGUGAAAAAGUGAUUGCCCCCUCUGUUAAACCAAAACUUAACUGUGGUUUAUCACAUCUGAGUUCAAGUGGAAAAGGUUAUAAAGCCAUUUCUAUAGCUUUGGGACUCCAGUGAACCACAGCAAGAGCCAUUAUCCACAAAUGGCGAAAACACUGAACACUAAACCUUUCCUGGAGUUGCCAGCCAACCAAAAUUACACCAAGAGUUCAGCAACGACUCAUCCAAGAGGUCACAAAAGACCCCACAACAACAUCCAAAGAACUGCAGGCUCCACUUGCCUCAGUUAAGAUCAGUGUUCAUGACUCCACCAUAAGAAAGACACUGGGCAAAAACGAUCUGAAUGGAGGAGUUCCAAGACGAAAACCACUGCUGAACAAAAAGAACAUCAAGGCUCUUCUCAAAACAUCUAGAUGAUCCCCAAGACCUUUGGGAAAAUACUGACGAGACAAAAGUUGAACUUUUUGGAAGAUGUGUGUUACAUUUAGCGUAAAAGUAACGCCACGUUUCAGAAAACGAACAUCAUACCAACAGUAAAAUGUGGUGGUGGUAGUGUGAUGGUCUGGGGCUGUUUUGCUGUUUCAAGACUUGGAAGACUUGCUGUGAUAAAUGGAACCAUGAAUUCUGCUGUCUACCAAAAAAAAUUUAUGAUAUGAAACAUUUAUGUGUGACAAAAAAAAAACAAAAAAAUCAGGAAGGGUGCAAACACUUUCAGACCACUGUAUAUAUAAUUUAUAUUUUAAUUUUGGGCCGCACAAUGGCCUAGUGGUUAGCAUGUUGACUAUACAGUCAAGAGAUCUGGGUUCGAAUCUCCAUUGUGCAUCUCUGUGUGGGGUUUGCAUGUCUCCGGGUACUCCGGCUUCCACAUUCCAAAACAUUCUCCCACAUUCCUGCAUGUUUGGUUAAUUGCGCCCUCUGAUUGGCUGGCGACCAGUCCAGCGUGUACCCAGCCUCUCGCCCAAAGUCAUCCGGGAUAGGAUUCAGGAUAGGAUUGAGGAUUAAGCGGCAUAGAAAAUCCAAUGAACUGGCCAAUGAAUUAAUGGAUAUUUAAUUAAAAUGGUUUUUUUUUUUAAUAUUGUAUGAAUUUCUGCUCAUGUGUAGAAUUUUGUCCCACCCUGUAUCAUAAUGUGAAUACAAAUACUGUAUUUUAAAAGUAAUACAGUCAAUUAAAAGGAACAUUUUAUUUAUACUGUAUCCUUUAUUUUUAUUAUGUAUUUUAAAGCACAUCGUUUUUUUUAUUUUAUAUUAUGUGUUUCUGCCUAUGUGUCCAGACCUCAGGCACACCCUGUCCAGUUUGUCUUGUUUUGGCGUUCAUGUUGCGGUGGCGUGCAUUAAAGCUCGAUGAUGAGCUUGUCUUCAUCGUCACUGCUGCUGGUGUCUUCUGUGUACUCGUGGCAGCUUUGCACAGGUCUCGCUCCUCCGAUCCAACAUUCCGCUGUUUGGUCCGCCAAGAAGACAGAGUGGCCUUUGCCAGUGUCUUCGUGAGGGUCCAUGCCCUGACACGUGCUGUCAGGUGAAACUGGUUUAUUAUCAGUACUCGGGCGCAGUAAAGGCUUGCAUUGGCAUACAGUUUUCAUUGCGUUAUCUCCUGUCAAAGCAUUACAUCGACAGACAUCACGACAUGGACAAACUUGGCUCAGGUCGGUUGACAAUCGGGUUUUGUCGACAGAAGAGGGAUUUGGGGAUUUUGGAGAACUUUCUAAUUCAGAUUUGUGGGAAAAGCAGGCCGCCAUGUUAUCAUCUGUGCUUGGUUUUUGAACAGACGUGAUCAUUCUUUGGUCUUGUAAUGUGUGCGUCAGAGUGGUGCCAGGCUCACUUUGUAGAAAAAAAGGUCUUGUCUCUACAAACUGGGAUUGACUUGAAUUCGUUUGUUGCAAGCUGUGUUCCUCUGAUAAAGAAUUAUUGUUCAUUUCCGUUGCUUGCUGUUGAAAUUCCAAAAGAUGGACAUCAGUGUUGUCAGCCAUGUUUGCAGCUCGCUCGUGUAGAGAGAACUCUGAGAUUCCACCAUGUUGCUCCUCUGGCCCACAGUCCACCUUGCUCUCUGCCUCUUGUUCCUGUUCAUAAAGCAAUAUACACGAGUAUGUCUUUAUAAGCCCAUAACAACACGGUCAUCUCAGUGAAUACUUGUACGUACCACAUCACCCAAAUACCGUACAUUUUAGGGGUGUAACGGUAUGCCAUACGCACCUCAGAUUUAGGGUCACAGUUCAUUUUGGGUAAAGGAAUAAAAUGCAUAAUAAUAUACUGUAUACUAAACUCACAUAUGCUAAACUAUCUGAACAAAACAUCCGCAUCUUAGCUUUGUUAUACCUGACAAAGCAAAUUAGUGUCCCAUCACACAGUAUUUAUUAACAUUCAUUUUAUUUUUACAAUAUGCCGAGGGCUGCACUUUGGACACCCCUGCUUUCCAAGGUUUCUUUUUAGUAAAGUGCAAGCAUGCAGACAAGUGCACGUGUUUGAAGAGAGUGAAUAAUGAUUUUAUUUGUAGUAAAGUAAAGUUUCUUAUUGGUUGAAGUGUAGUAUGAGUAGUUGCAGCUUGUAUUCCUGUUCCCCAUCUCUACAGAGCGAUGGCGGCACACUGCUUUCAUUUUAUCACUUGUCCCUUUACGUAUUUCACCGGGAAGGCCAAAUGUUCCCAAACAGGAGACUUCAACCACGGAAGAGGCUUUUCAAGCUCUGGCUUCUCCUUGGCAUUAUUGUUAGCAGUGACAUCCAGUCAGGGGAGGCAGAUUAAAAUGAUGAAAAAAGUAAUGAUGAAAAAAAAUAAACAAAAAUUUGUCCAUUGAACUGUAUUAUAAAUUUAUUUUUCUGGAUGAUUGCAAUCGUUUUUAACAUUUUCUUUUGUAAAAAUGGCUGAAUUUGCACAUUCCCACAUCGAAUACAGGGCAGAAACCUAAGAUGAGGCUGCCGCCAGCGUCUCUUCUCUGCCUAGCGUCUGAGUGCACUCAGUGAGUGCACUGAGUUGGAUCAUGGCGCCUGCCAGUUUGUGUUUGUCAGCAUGUGGCCAAUAAUGGGAGACACUUGCAGUGCUCGCCUCAUCCUGAAGGGGUGGGGAUGUGUGUGAGCUGGAGGGUGCUUGUCACUGCCGUCCUUCCAUAGAGAAGGACAUCAUUUUGACAGCGACAGCUGGAGAGCAACAAGUCAUGGAUGGAGGAUUAUGUACUGUAUCCAAGCUCACCAGAAGGUGAUCAGAGUUUUACAACAAAGUAUCAGAACUUUUCUUGGAGAAGGACAGGGUGCAUGUACAACAUAUACAGAUAAAAGGUAAGAAGACAAAUGCUUUUUCACUUUAUAAAAAUAAAUAAAUAAUGGGACUAAGAAGUAUUUGAAACAUUUUUUUUUAACCAAAGUGAAUUAUUCUCUUCUUUUUCUUGUUAUCCUCUGUUAUCCUGGGCAGUAUGGCAAACAACAUGGUCACGAUAUAAACUGCUCAAAAAAUAAAGAGAACACUAAAAUAACACAUCGGCGCAUCCCUAAUAGAAAUGUGUUGAGAUCUAUUACCAACGGCAGAUCGAAUCAGCAACCAUUAGGAUGGGAGAUGACCAGUCUACGACCUGAGCCAUGCCACUGUGCACAGAAUAAGCAGAUUGUAUGUAAAGUUAAACGUAAAAUGAAUUUCCACCAAUAGGGGGCGAUAUAGACAUUGUCGAUUCAUUUUCAGUGGGAACAGAAAAUACUGAAUUAUGGAAAGUGAGGGAAUUUUUAGAAAGGUCCUGAUAUUUUUAAUGAUUUUUCACCAGUAGGGUGCACCAUUUAAUUUUUCUAUUCGUUUUUAGCAGACUAAAUCCAGCAGAAUUUGAAAUGUUGGAAAGUAAAAAUGCAGAUUGAAUGAUUUCAACGGGAUCAAACCAGCAACCAUGGGGUGGGAAACAUCUACUGCACCUCCUGAGCCAUGUUACCCUGUAGAACACAGGUGUCAAACUCAAGGCCCGGGGGCUGGAUUUGGCCCACCAUAUAAUUUUAUGUGGCCGGCGAAAGCCUUGAAAUAAUGCAUGUCAAAAGGACACUUAUUUAAAUGUAUUUAUAUAUAUAUAUAUAUAUAUAUAUAUUGUAUUUUGGUUAUUA